CGUAUAUCUUAUCGACAAAUCCGCAGGUCACACUGGACAAAAACAAAAUUCGGACAAGCGCGAGCGGUUGCGCGCGUGUUGAGCGCGUCGAGAAACUUGAGAAAAUAAGUUGAAAAGUGUUUACUUUCGUAUUUGAAUGAAGAUGAAUGAACGUUGAACGUGUCCGGACAAGGAAGCGAACAACAGUAAAAUAGUGUCGAAUUUUUAACUGAAUAUCAUCAACAAAUGAAUUAAAAAAAAAUAUAAAUAUUCAUAUUCGAUAAAAUAAAAAACGUGCGCUUUAUAUCGCAUACAAAUUGAUAGCGGUAAUUUCGCAUGUUCGCCGGUCGCGUAUGCGGCGCUUUUUUCUAACGGACAUUGAAGUGUGCUCGCGCGCGUUUGUGUGUGGGUGUGUCUAUGUGUCUGUGCUAUUGGAGUGCCCAAAAUACUGGGAGAAAUUAAUUAUUGUUGGCAAUUGAAGCCAAAAUUAAUAAGAGAAAUAUUUAACAAAUACUAAAACAAAGUCAAAAAGUGUACCAUAUUGUCUGAUAACUCGAAAGUUUGCCGAUAAAGGAAAAACAUAUCAAAGAAGGGAUUAUUUGGGACUGAAAAAUUCACUUUGAAAGUGCUUAAGAACAGCAAAGGAAACCUGCUCCAGGAAGAGAAAGGGAGAGAGAACGAAGAACGACAGGAGACAAAUCGAACAAAAAUCGAAGCCAACCAAUUGGAACCGAAAUCUUGAAAUCAGAGUCCAUUGCGGUUCCGCCAAUUAAUAUUGAUGUCUUUGUCGUCGCAUCAUCAAAUCAGCGGCAAUCAAGGCUAGAGGCGGCUGGAGGUGGAGUCUCCACAAAUAUGCGCCAGCAAACAGAAUCGUCGGACGAUGCUACUAUAAUGAGCCAUAUCAGCGAGCAAAUAUUAUCCGCGACAACAGCCGACCGGGGAGUAGGAGUGGGAAAGGGGAAAAACAAUGAGCAGCAGCUACAGCAGCAGCAGCAGCCGGGAAAUCAUCAUCAGGAAAAGCAGCUCUUGAGUAAAUAGAAAAUCAACGAGCAAAAUCAAUACAAAAUCAAUACAAAUACGAGAAGACCUCCUACCAUAGAGGAGAUAGACAGACAGUCAGCCAGAAAUUGAUUGUCAACAUUAUUUGUUGUCGCGUGGAAAGAGCCACAAAAACACAGCAACAGCAACAACAACAACAACAACAACCGUAGGAAUAUACAACAAAAGAGUGUCAUCGAAAGGAGUGAAAGACAAACAAAGGAAAUCCUCUAUAGAGCGAAAAAAAAUGGGUGGAAAGCAUCAUCAUGGUGCAGGCUCCGGCUCCAACGCUGGAGGAGGCAGCGGUGGAGGGGGCGGCGGUGGCAGCCUCAACUCGAGCAUGUGCAACUCGGUGCUCACCAAUGCCACCACAGCCACCAGCAGCAGCCUCACCCAGCAGCAGCAGCAGCUGCAGGCCAAGUACAUCAAAUCGAAGCGCCACCAGAGUCGCUACACCAAUCUGCAGCAUUCUGGUCACGACUCAGGCAGCUAUCUGCAUCUGAAUUCGCUCUGGUCGAUCUGGUACGGUGUCCUGCUCACCCUCUUCCAGGGAUAUCUGGCCAUGCAUGGAGCCUACAGGUUCUUGGGCUGCUCGCUGAUACCCUGGAAAAUUGAGCCCGUGGCGGAAUUGAAUCUACAGAUAGUGCUCUCUGGCGUGGUAUUCAUACUGCUUCCAGUAUUCUUCACUUCGGCGGUGUUUAAGGUUGGCAACUUGGCAAACGACGGCAUUAAAUUGGCCACUGGCGCCAGGGAGCGACGCUGCACUCUGGCCCCCCACGACGGACUCGAGGAGGAGUCACGCGGCGGCACGUUGCGUGCCCUGUGGACACACGGCGGACCGACGGCGGCCUUUGUCCAUAUCCUGAUUGCUCUUUGUUUGCUGCUGCCGCGGCUGCUGCUCGAGGCACGCAUCAUCGAGAACGGACUGUUGCCGAAAGAACAAAUUUGGGCCACUGAAAUGGACUUUGUUGUUAUCAAUCGACGCAAUUUGAUGGCCCUAUCGGUGGUGGGACCUGCCACGGCCCUGCCAAAGCACUACCAUCAACAGCUGCCGAACGAGCUGGAUGAGGACCAUUCACAGACUUUGAACAUGACCGCAACCAGCAGCGGCAGUCAGGAGGAGGAGGACUACUACAACGACACCAUGUUCACGGCCAUUCGGGGACUGGGACCAGGACUGGGAGGCAAUAACAACUUGUUCGACCUCCGACCUCAACCAGAUAAGGCAGCAAAUGCUGGCGGCAGGAAAAAGUCUACGACGACGACGACGACGACGGCGGCGGCCAAGACAACGACAAAGACGGCGGCAAAGACGACACCCAUAUCCACAAAAUUGAAUGUGGGCAAAUACUUUGAAGUGCCCGAUUUAAUUAAUCAAGAUAUUGACGAGGAGGAGCGCCAGGAGCUGGAGGAGGCCAUACACGACGACGAGGAGGACGUGGAUCUCUCGGGGGAGGAGCAGGGCACGGUUAUACUGCCAGACUUUGAUGAGUUUGCUCCGAAAACCACAGGCAGGAGCAGCUCCACAGACGACGACAACGACAGCAGCAACAAGUUGAAUAUCGAGAAUUGGCAGACAUUGGGGACACUGGGGAAGGGCAAGGACUCGGGAUCAACGACAACCGAGACGCCAACAACAACAACCACAAGAAGAAGCACCACUACAACAACCACCACGACGACGACAACGACAUCGACGACGACUCCUGCCACAACGACAAGGACAACCGCUGCGGCGGCAACAACCAAACAGCCACAUCCUCAUCACAGCAAAACCCGAAAGCAUCACAAGCAGCACCACAAGAAACAGCAACAGCAGCAGCAGCCGCGUCGUCAUCAUGUGGCAUCGCACGAGCAGGCAAUGCUAGAGAGCUACCCUGGAGGGGAGCAGGAGGAGACCACCACGCGGGACAGUAACAUCCACCGCGUGCGGCCCGAGGUCCUGCCAGAGAUCAUCAUACCCUCGACGCCAGUGUCGAGCAACUCCAAGAUCAUAGCCAUCAAGCCGAAGAACCAGAAGCGAAGGAUCAGCAAGCGUUCGGCCAGCGCUGGCGUGGAGAUCGAGCCGGAAUAUCAGCUGGGCGAUGGCACUGGCAGCAUCAGCUCGAGUGAAUUUGUGGCCAAGUCCAACGAGGACGAGGUCGAAGAGAGCGAGGACUUUGAUUUGGAGGAGGGAGACUUUCAGUCGGUGCCGGCCCUGACGCCAGCCACACCGGCACCGCCGACCACACCGCCCGGCAGCGACUACGUGCGGCUGGAUGGCUUUGCCGGAAUGCUGCAGCUGUUCUUUGGCAUUGACAAGCCCAUCGAUGUGGCCAUCUUUGCCCAGCCGCCGAGUGCGGAGUUUGUGAACCUCCUGUGCGCCCUGCUGGUGUGGACCGUGCGCUAUCCGGCCGUGUUCUGGAACACCUCCAAGUCCUUUGCCUGUGUCUUCAGUCUGCAGAUGAUUGUGGCCGCCCUGGACAUCGUGCUGGGCUACGUGGGCGUCUCGAAUCUGUACAAACUGCAGAUCUAUGCCGAGGCCAUGCCCGUGCAUCAGCCGGGACUCAUCCUGAACGGCGUCGUGACGCUGGCCCUGUAUCUGCUGGCCACGGCCCUGGUGCUGGCCUCCUCGAUGGUCAUGUAUCUGUACGGACAUGGUCGCCUGGCCACCCGCAUGCGGGAUCGCUCGAUCAUCACUCUGAAGGCCAACGAGACCUGGAUUUACUUUGCCCACUGCGCCUCGCUGUGCUUUGUCCUGGCCCUGGCGGUGGUCAAGGCACCGCUGCUCAACGAUCUGAGUGCCACCUACAAGAACAAUCUGCAUUGCCCCACGUUUCUGGCAGCUCUCAUUGGUGUCACGCAUCUGUUGCUGUGGAUUGUCGUCUGGCUCUGUCUGACGAUCAAACGGCGCUGGCACUUCAAGCUGCCGCCGCUGGACAACACCUACGGGGGCCUGCUGAACAAGGCCAGUGCCCAGCCCCUGCUGAUGUCCAGUGGCCAGCGGACGGGCAGCAACUCGAGCAGCGGCGGCAACUCCACCAGCACGACCAUGAACGGCGGCAACGACUCCACCUCGAAGCCGGACAUGAUGAGCACGGCCACCAGCACGGAGCUGGGCAUGGGCAUGGGCAUGGGUCUGGCUGCCCAGGAGGAUAUCUACUGGCCGAAGCUGACGCCCAGCUCGCCCAAGCUGAAGGUCACCUUCAAUGAAGUUACGAGUACGUCUGAUGAUGUCCUACUAAUUGGUGACCAAGAACAAACUGAUGGCAAGCGCCAUACGAGCCGUGGAGCCUCGAUAUGUUUUGCCAGUUCUGCGGGGGAAAUUGACGACGGCGAGUACGCGACACUAAGGGCAGCCACUGCCGGCGCCGUUGUGGGCAUCACCAUGGGCAGCAUGAAGAGUGGUCUGGGACUGGGUGCUGUCGGGGCUGGUACCGGGGCUGGAGGUGGAGGCAGCAUUUCGUCAUCGGUGGGCGUUAGUCUGCUCCACCUGUCGGAGUAUGAUGAGCUGCCACCGCCGCCGCCAACCACCAACCAGCACCAUCAACAGCAGCAGCAGCAGCAGCGACAACAGCAGCAGCAGCACCACCACCACCAGCAUCCACAUCCUCAAUUUGCCCAUGGACAUCCCCACGACUAUGCGAACCUCAGCGGACUGGGCGGCAUCAGCGACGACAACAUCUCGGAGGAGGGCAAACUGUUGGCCUGCGUGCGAGACGAUAGUAUAACAUAUGCCUCGACCAGAGAUCUUGAGCCGCCACAGCCAGCGGCAGCGGCACAGCCACCCCCACCGCCGCCGCCAUUGCCCGUCAAGGGUGCACCCAUGCCACAGCCACCGGCAGUGCUGCCCCAUGCCCACGCCAACGCCCAUGCCGGGCCGUACGGUCGUGCCCCCCAAGCCAUGCCCGAGAUAAUGCAAUUGUCGCCCGAGCACCAUCACAAGUCGCAUCUACAGCAGCAUCUCCAGCAGCCGCUCCAGCCGCAGAAGCCGCCACAUCAUCCUCUCCAGCAACAGCAGCAGCAGCAGCAGCAGCAGCAGCAGCAGGGAAAUCCAACGCAUCAGCAUCUAGUCAGCCCCUUGGCUCCCGUCACGGUUGCCGUACACACAAAUGAGGCGCAUAUUGCCUCCAGUUCCACACCCCGUUGCCUGCGUCGCGCCGACUCGGGCGUACCCAACGAGGCCCUGACGCCACGCAGUGACACCACCUCGAUCACGGAGAGCACCACCACCUCGCCGCCAGAGCGCGCCCCCUCCGAGUCCUCGAGCGGCGUGCACUCGGGCGAGGAGCGCGAGCUGGAAGUCAUCAUCAGGCCACGGGCCAGCUGCAAGCCGCCGCCGCGUCCACCACAGCCGCCCAUCCAGGAGGAGCCCUACGGCCGCUGCACCAACAUGCGCAUGUCGAGCUUCAAUGCCGAUCCUGCGGCCUCUCUCACCUCCUCCGCCGGAAUGAACAGUGCCACCCUGCCGAUGCAGCGCACCGCCCCGGAGCAGAAGUUCGACUACACGGCCCACUGCAGCACGAUGCCGUUGCCAGUGGGCUGCCACAGCCAGCAGCUUGCCGGCAACGCUGGCAACGGCGGCUAUGCCUCCACCUCGGCCAUGACCACCUCGAUGGGUGGUGGGGCCAUACCGCCGCCUCCCUCGCAGGUCACCAGCUUCAAGACGUCCGGCAUUGGGAUGCACUAUGCCAACGCUGCAGUGGCCCUGGGCAACGGUCAGAUGCAGGCGCCGCACACCACCCUACCGAACGGCGUCCGCUACUCGAAUCCGCACUUCCUGCGCCGCCUGCCGCAUGUGACCAAGGCAGCCGAGUCGCCGUACGGCCACUUGGGCUACGGGGCCGGACACCAUGCCUUCGCCAAGCUGCCCCACGAGACGCAUCCCACCAUACCCGAGGACCGCGACUCGGCCAACUAUUCGAUGGCCUCCGAUCAGGACUGCGGACUGUAUGUGACGGCCCAGCUGCAUUAGGCUUCAAGCUCAAGCUCAAGCUCAUCCAACUAUUUACUCAGUUUUUCGUAGUACUGUAGUACUGUAGUACUCUAGCACCCUAACUGUAUCCGUAACCCCGUACUCUUCUAAGUUAGCCUCUCGGUUUUUGUACAGCUCCGUGCCCAAGAGAAGCCACACCACUAAUCCACUAAUCUUCCAAAAACAAUGCACUCGAGAUCGGCUGGAGAACGAGUCCCAAUUUGGGUAUACAUGAGUGUACGAGUAUGUAUUUAUUAAUUUUCGAUUGCUUUGCCUAAAACAAUGAUCGACUACACACCUACACUCAAGCGAGUGCGAUUAUCAGUAUGAAUAUGAGUAUGUUGUAGCACAAACAACCCACACACACACAGACAGACACACACAGUCGUAGCUGAUGAUGACAAACGCCCACGCAAAGGAAACCUUAAAACUAACUUUAUCUUCAUGCAUCUAAAUCUACAUCCAAAUCCAAAUCUAAAUCUAUUUAUAUUUAUAUCUACAUAUAUAUAUAUAUAUAUUUAUACAUGGCUAUGCUCGUAUACAAUGUGUAAGAUAAUAAGCUAAUCUAAUGUGUUUAAGUAAUCAAUGUAAACUAAAGUUUAUCAUAUCAUAUAUGAAUGGAAUAUCUAUAGCUAACUGUAAGAGCCCUCCCCUCCCCAGCCCCCUAUAUCUACGCAUUACUCGUAAACAGAAGGAAGAAAUAUCAUAAACUUGAUCAUGUGCAAGCACUCAAAGUAUUUUCCCCUAAGCAAUUUUCACUAAACUAAUUAACACACACCCGCACACACUCGGAAGGAACAAAAGGCAUACGAAUUUAAGCAGCGAUUGUAUGGUUUUUAUUGUAAGAAUUAGUAAUUGUAAAAUGGUAACCAAUUUAAUGGCACUUAAUAGCCGAAAACCAUAUGCUUCAGCUAGUCGGAUAUAGAGGAUAUAGACACCCCAGCAAGGCUUCUGCAUACAUACACCUAUGUACGAGUAUUUUCUAUGGUCUCGCAGCGCUUAACGUUUAAGAUGGAUGUAAAAUGUAAUGUAACAAAGCGACAAUAUGAAUACUAUUAUUUAAUGUAUGAUACAAAUGAUAUAUGUACUAUCCACUUCCCCCAGCAUACAUAUCUCCACAUAAACACACACUUAAGACUUUCCACUUUGGACUCCUGCACAUUGCUUCAAAAUGUCGUCUAGCCGCCGCAUAGAUUUUUUUAUUUCUUGUCCAUUUUCGAUUGGCGAUUGGUCUACUUUCACAUUUUAAGGAUUAGCGAUAGCAGAACAAUCAUCCUAUUUGAUUAUCCUUGAACAGAGCUCGAGAACGAUUGAUCUUAUAGAAAGUACGGCAUAUUUCAGGCUGCGCUGAGAAUAUAAUGAUCGAAAUUUAUGAAGUA